AUGUCUGGGCGAAAACGAGAAAUCACAAAUAUUGACCCUAAGGUCAACAUCUAUCACAGAUGUAAUUAUUUUGGGGCUUGUUACAAGAAAAUCGGCAUACACAUUCCACCGCAGUAUGUAACCGAUGGUCCGAAUCCCAAGGACACCUACAAUAUUGGAAAUAUCAAUUUGAACAAUCAGUGGAGUGGUGAAACUGUUGAUUGUAUCAAUUGA